UCGAAGCAAGAAUAUCUAGAACCACUAGUUCAAUGCCAAGGAGCUGGUAAAAGCAAGCUUGUAAAAGUGAAAUCUGUUGUACCGUUGCCAACGGUUCUCACAGAGUGAGUCUGAGUAGUGUGAGGUGAAAAUGCCGGCGGAAAAUAGUUGGAACGUGAACGACGUCCUUAAAAGUCCAGAGCUGCUGGUGCUAAGUUUGAACGUUGGGGAGUUUGAUGAAAAUGUUAAGAUCGUCAGCCCGAACGGCGGUUGUCGCGACGUCGAGCUGGUUCCGAUCAGGAGUCCGGUUUCGAACGCCGACAGUGACAGUGGCAUAACGCGCGAGAAAUGGAGCAAGAACGUGGAGUUCCUGCUGUCGUGUGUGGCACUUUCCGUCGGGUUUGGGAACAUCUGGAGGUUUCCGUACACGGCGCUGAAGAACGGAGGUGGAGCGUUCUUGAUCCCGUACCUGAUCGUGCUGUUUGUGGUGGGGAGGCCGCUGUACUACCUGGAGAUGGUCAUGGGACAGUUUUCGAGUCGGGGAUGCGUCAAGGUGUUUGACGUGAGUCCGUUGAUGCGCGGAGUUGGAGUUGGGCAGACCAUGACGUUCUUCACGAUCGUGGGGUAUUAUGCGGCGUUGAUGGCGAUCGCGAUUCGAUAUUUGAUGGCGUCAUUUGAGGAUCCACUGCCGUGGAGUGUUUGUCCGCAGGGAGUGCAGGGUUGUUUGAACUCCAGCUUGGUUGGACUGUUGCCGGCUGGAAACGAAACACGUGUGGUGUCGGCGGAACUGUACUUUAAAUCGACCAUCAUUAACGCCGUACCGAACUUGAAUGACGGCAUCGGCCUACCAGAUUUGAAGUUGGCCCUCUGUUUGCUAGCCUGCUGGUCUAUCGUCACUGCCAUACUGAUCAAGGGGAUCAAGACCUCCGGCAAGGCGUCCUACUUCUUGGCCAUCUUCCCGUACGUUAUACUAAUCGUUCUACUCGGUCGAUCUUGUACCCUCGAGGGAGCUAAGGAAGGCAUCCUGCACUUUGUCACACCCCAGUGGGACAAGCUGCUGGACAAGGAAGUUUGGUUCGCCGCCAUAACCCAGUGUUUCUACUCCCUAACCGUCGGCUUGGGAGCCGUGAUCGUGUUCGCAUCAUUCAACAGCUUCCCUAACAACAUCUACCGCGACGCCAUGAUCAUCUCCUGGCUGGACACCCUAACCUCGAUCCUGUCCGGGGUGAUCGUGUUCGGUGUGGUGGGCAAUCUGGCCCACGUAACCAACCAGAACGUCCCGGAUGUCAUGAAAGCCGGUCCCGAGCUGACCUUCAUCACGUACCCUGACGCGAUCGCCAAGAUGGACUUUGCGCCCAACUUUUUCGCCGUCAUGUUCUUCCUCAUGUUCAUCCUGCUCGGGCUCGGAAGCAACGUCGGAAUCGUGCAGACCAUCGUGACCGCCAUCAGGGACAUGCACCCGCAGCUUCAAACGUGGAAGGUCGUGCUGGGAGUUACCAUUUGCGGGUUCUUCUGUGGACUGGUGUACAUCACACCGGCCGGUUUGCUCAUGCUGGAUGUUGUGGAGUACCCGGUGAUCUUCGCCUCGCUGACGCUGGUGAUCUUGGAGGCCGUUACGUUCUGCUGGAUCUACGGCGUCAAUCGCAUCUGCCAGGACAUCAAGUUUAUGCUGGGAAUCGAAACCGGGAUCUUCUGGAGACUGUGCUGGGGUGUCCUAACGCCCGCGAUCAUCAUUGCCGUGUUUAUUCUGCAAUUUACCAAAGAUGCUGCGAAAAUUCCAAUAGAGUACACAAUAUUCGGGUGGUGUUUGUAUGCCUUCAUCGUGCUGCAAGUCGUUGGUUGGGGUGUUUAUGCGGUCAUGAAGCAACCGGAAAAGCGUGUUUGUGCGAAGAUUGCUGGAGCCAUUAGUCCUACUAAGGAUUGGGGACCGGAAAGUAAUGAUUUGAAGAAGGAGUAUGAUGUUGCUAUUCGUCGGUACAAAGAAUCGCUACGAGGUAAUUGGUUGAACAGACUUUACUGUAGAGUGUUUAAAUAGCACGCAGUUUUUUCAAUUAUUAUUUCAAUAUGAGCAGUUUAUACCAAUGUUACGUACAAAAGUUUUGGAAUCUCUAUCAAGCACUAGUACUGCCUGCUUACAUGACUUAUAUUUUCAAAUAAAU